CGUCGCUUGGGCAGGGCCUGCAGCUGCCGGCCACCUCGAUUCUUCGCUCCGCAAGAAACCACCACCGCGCUGCGCGAUCACCGCUACCAUGGCUGCCAACAAGGGCAGCUUCGCCCAGCGCAUGGCCUCCAUGGCCUCCACCGCCCCGACCAUCGAGAAUUGGGACGACGAUGGCGACUUCGACGCCGCCGGCGACCUCUUCACCCACUCCAUGUCCACCAUCCAGUCGCUGUCCUCGCGCGUUUCCGUCCGCUCAGAGUCCAACACCGGCGACGACGACUGGCAGGUCCUCAUAACACCCAACGACGAAACCUCCACCACGAAUGCCAUCAAUUCCGCGAAGCUGGCCGGCAUCCCGAUCCCCACAAGCGUCCCGUCGUCGGCCCUGCUCGGCGGAUCCAUCAAGCGACUGGGAAAGAAAAAAUCGCAUCGCAAAAUGGCUGUCGACGACGACUGGGGCCACGACCUCGAGCUGCCGUCGGACGCGAAUGAGGGAUUGAAGCUGAAGGCGCCAAUGCCGCGCACGCCGGCGGACGACCAGGACGACUUCGACGACUGGGGCGAGGGCAGCUUGGGCAUCCGCUUUGCAGGAACGAGACGGGAGGCUCGCGGCGGCCGCAGCUCGUCCGUUUCGGCCAUGAGCCCGAGCAUGGGCAGCUGCAUGACCCUCGAAAGCGAGGACGAUGAUUUGACCGGCCUCGUGCUACCGAACGAGCCGCUCGACUUCAAUGCACGCCUCGAGAAGCUCAAGCGGAACGAACAGCUACCAACUCCGGACGCCUCUCCGUUGCCCGUCCUCCAGGUCCAGAAGCGCGAGCCACCCCCGACCUCAGUCCCUUCAUCAGCACCCGCACCCGGCGUCAGCCCCUCUCCUGCCGCUGCACCACUUGAAACGCCGCCGCUAGAGGGCGAGCCCACCUCGCAACGUCUCGCUGAAGAUACUCCAGCACCGAGGCUCAAAGGCGCCGAUGAUGAGGAAGAUUUUCUGGAUGGGCUGGACUUUGGUGGGCCCGAGCUUCUCGACACUAAAAAGCUCACCAUCAACCGCAACGUCGUGGUCAAGAAGGCGCCAUCCAAGCCCCCGGCACCUACAGCUGCUCGUCCAGCCGCUACUCUAACUUUUACUGACAAACCCGAGAAGCCUUCCGUAUCCAGGAUACCGAGGCCUCUGCCGACUACAACCCGCUCCCGACUUACUCCGGUCUACGAAUCCGGGGCUUCAACCCUUGGGCAUAGCAGACCAAUCCCUACGACCACGAGCGCCCAGCUCCUUCGAGCGAAGCGUUCUGCACCUCUUCUCCGCAACAAUCAUGGUCCUACCCCGCGAGCCCCCGUGCCGUUCCUCCCUGCAGGCAACUCUAAUUCGCAGUCGCACCACGUGAUGGCCCGCUCUUCGCAGACGCACCUCCGCCGUGAUUCGGAUCCCCGUCGUCCUCAGUCUCCGUCUAUGCGGUCCUAUUCGCGCAUGUCUACGACCGACCCUACCGACACUCCCAGCCGGACGGGCUUCCGGAGGGACAUGGCUCCUUCGCGCCUUGCGCGUCAACCCCAAAAGAUUACGCAACCGCAGGGCCGCAAGCGAAUAUACGGGGACGGCUCCGAGCUCGAGAUCUUCGAUGAUCUCCCUACAUCGGCAAGCAAAGAGAAGCAGUUCGAGAAGGUCCCGCGCAAUGUUCCAAGCAACAAGUCUCUGCGAACACAACCGAGCAAUUCCCGUCUACCUAUGCCCGACCGUAUGGCCACACCGCUGCCACAGACCCCUCGAAGUCCGACGAAGAUGGACAGCACACCGCGGUUCGCUCGAGACACGGCAGCAAGUAGGAAUGCGCGAGAGCAGCGUCUGGCCGGCAUUCGGGCCCGAGGCGAAGGGCCAAUAGCGCCGACUCAGAUAAACUGGAAAGUGCAUGUUGCGGCUAGGAGCCCUCAUGGCAGUCCCACCGCCCAUAGGAAGAGGGGCUCGGGACAGAAGCCACACUUGAUCCAGGGAUUGUUUCAACCAUACGCGAAGACUGAGAAAGGCAUGGUAUAUAACCCUACUCUACAACGGUGGGAAGGGAACGAGGAAGCCCUCGCUCCCUUCUCACACCCUAAUACUUCGACAACCACGCUGGCCUUGACGACGGCUAGCACGCCAACCUUUGCCCCACCUAAUCAUCCUUUCAGCCACUCACACGAGCGUUCACAUUCUAUAUCGCACGCGGCAUUGUCUAACAUACAGGCUGCGCAGAGGAACGUGUCGUCACGCGCUGUGAAGGUUGCUCCUGCGCCGUCGCCACCGCGUCCUGCUUUGAUAUCACAGAAGAGCAUGCCCCGCGGGGUCCAGUACGAGGGCCGCAUGGUGUUCGAUCCCGUCAAGAUGACAUGGCUGAAGGCUCCCCGCCUGUCCGACGAUCCUCGGUCGCCGUCCGUCGACAUGGACGAUGAAGAGGAUCCUUUCGCUGGCCUCGACGAUCUCAAAGAUAAUGAGAGCGUUGUUGGGCAUGGUGCUGCCGGGGCUGGUGGCAAUGGCACCCCGAGUGUCGACGAUCCUGCCUUCAUCGGAGAAGAAUUCGACCUCGGUCCAAGUUUCAUUCGAAGGCAGCGGGAAGAAGAGGCGAUCUGGCGACGCAAAGUGGAAGGCUGGGUUAGCGGUGAUCGUGACAAUGGCGAGAGCAAGAAUGGUGGGUGGAGAUGGGCGAUACGCAACUUCGCCGAGGCUGCGAGGAGAUAAUCGAUGCCGGGGGCUGACAUUAGGCUCGCAUUAUACAUGACAUGAGUUACGACUGCAUUGGAGAUGGAGUCUGGCGCGUAAUGGGCGUUCCGCCAAAAGCUAUGAGGCGUCUGGAUCGUCUUAGAGAUAUCCUGAGUGUUACGUCGGGCGUUGGGAAGACCUCGCCUCACUCUAGCGAUGCCUUUAUGAGUUACGAUUUUGGAUAUGACUGUACGAGCAAUGUGCUCUGGAUAGAAAUGAUUAUCUGGUUCGAUGAUU